AUGAUCAGCCGAGGGCGAAUCUAUAUUUACACGGCGGUGAAACUGCGUGAGACUCGAAACACUCACGUUAGCGACCAAAUGAUUAGCCGAGAGCGAAUCUAUAUUUACACGACAGAGAAACUUCGUGAGACUCGAAACACUCAAGUUAGCAACCAAAUGAUUAGCCGAGAGCGAAUCUAUAUUUACACGGCGGUGAAACUGCGUGGGACUCGAAACACUCACGUUAGCAACCAAAUGAUCAGCCGAGGGCGAAUCUAUAUUUACACGACAGAGAAACUUCUUGAGACUCGAAACAUUCAAGUUAGCAACCAAAUGAUUAGCCGAGAGCGAAUCUAUAUUUACACGGCGGUGAAACUGCGUGAGACUCGAAACACUCACGUUAGCAACCAAAUGAUCAGCCGAGGGCGAAUCUAUAUUUACACGACAGAGAAACUUCGUGAGACUCGAAACACUCAAGUUAGCAACCAAAUGAUCAGCCGAGGGCGAAUCUAUAUUAACACGGCAGUGAAACUUCGUGAGACUAGAAAAACUUAA